CCCAGCGGUCCUCCGGGCGCCUGGGCCCUGGGUUGAGGAACGGCCGGAACAGGGCAAGAGGGGCAGGUUUUGGUGUUGCCAGGGAGCCGCCGGCGGACGACUUCCGUUUCCGGUUAGUGCAGCACGCGGAUCCGGGGCUGCAGCCCGGCGGAAAGAUGCGGCCUUUGACUGAAGAGGAGACGCGGGUCAUGUUUGAGAAGAUGGCCAAAUACAUCGGGGAGAACUUGCAGCUCCUCGUCGACCGGCCCGACGGCACCUACUGUUUCAGGCUGCACAACGACCGCGUGUACUACGUGAGUGAAAAGAUCCUGAAACUGGCCGCCAACAUCUCCGGGGACAAGCUGGUGUCGCUGGGGACCUGCUUCGGGAAGUUCACCAAGACCCACAAGUUCCGGUUGCACAUCACGGCGCUGGAUUACCUGGCGCCCUACGCCAAGUAUAAAGUGUGGAUAAAGCCCGGCGCCGAGCAGUCCUUCCUGUAUGGGAACCACGUUUUGAAGUCUGGUCUAGGGCGAAUCACUGAGAACACUGCUCAGUACCAGGGAGUGGUGGUCUACUCCAUGGCCGACAUCCCUUUGGGUUUUGGGGUGGCAGCAAAGUCUACACAAGACUGCAGGAAAGUAGACCCCAUGGCCAUUGUGGUAUUUCAUCAAGCAGACGUUGGGGAGUAUGUGCGGCAUGAAGAAACGUUGACUUAAAGGCCUUCGCCAGGACAGCCGGCCCUGAGAAGGGUCUAGCUUUGUUCCUUUGUGUGUGGUCUUUGUGUGAAGCGCCAUGACCUGGUCAGGGCCUUCUGUGUUUAAUACGGCAUCACUGACAAAUGCAAGCUGGAUCCUUAAUGUACACAGUGGCUGAGAAACGAGGUUUCAGAUCUUUGUAUUUGUGACUCGGUAGAGUACCCCAUUACGGAUUUGAAUUGGAGGGCUUCUUGUUGUGAGUUAGAGGUUCCACAUUGUUGGAACUGAGGACAAGAAUAGCUUGUUAAUGUUAUCUGUGAUAACACUUUGUCUUCCUGACUCUGGCUUUUCUGUGUUAUUUAUUAAAAUCAAGAAAGAUAUUGCCAUAUCAGAGUAGUAGGCCUUAAAUGGAAUUUGGCUAAGAUAAUAAGAGCAGUUUAUUCAGCUAUUUUCUAUACAAUAAGUGCUCGUGGUAUAAAACAAAAACUUGAAUUCAAACUAGUUCUGCCACCUACCAGCUAGAUGGCUUUGGAAGAGUCACUCAACUUUAACAUGCUUCAUUUUCUUCUGUUUAAAAAAGAAAAACUGAAACAGCUUUAACUAUCUGCUUAAGAAUCAUUUUCAAAGUUAGAAAUCAUGGUUUUAGGCCGGCGCCGUGGCUCAAUAAGCUAAUCCUCCGCCUUGUGGCGCCAGCACACUGGGUUCUAGUCCCUG